AUGGCGGGCGUCGGGGAAGCUCCGCCGCCUGCUCCUCCGCCUCCGCCUGCCAUGGCUGCUCCGCCAGGUGCCCCACCAACGAUGCUUCCGCCGACGACGGAAGAGACAGUCCCGCUGAGCCUGCUGACCACUGCGACGGUUCAGCAGACCAUGCGAGAGCUGCGACAGCUGAGCGAGUCGCUCGCUGCGUCGCGUGCGACGGCGGAGGCGAGCGGGCGAGGUCCCGACGACGAGAAGCAGCGGAAAGUCGCUCUGCUGAAAUUCCUUUGGCAUACGCGACAGAAGCUGCUGCGGCUUCUCGUUGUAACGAAAUGGUGUAACCAGCUGCCCGUGAUCGAGCGGUGCAAGCAAGCGUGGACCGCGCUGGCCAAUCACGACGCAGCGUUUGUGCAAGCUGCGGACGGAUUAUGGAUGACUCACGCGCAGAUCCAAGGUGCGCGCGCGCCGCUCUACGACGUUCCCACCGCCGUCGAAAUCCUCUCCACGCACGCUUACCGCCGGCUACCCGCUUGCGUAGACGAUCUGCAGCUCCCGCCGAACCUGAUGCUGCAGAGGCUCGGGCCAGCUUCGGUGGCAGGGUUGGUACCGCCUGCAGGGGUUGCUGCAGCAGCGACGGCAGCUGCUGAAGCUAUGAGAUUGCUGGGAGGGGAGGAGGACGAGGAGGAAGAGGAGGAAGAGGAGGGUGAGAGGGAGGGGAAGGGGAAAGGGAAAGAGGAAGAGGAGGGAGAAGUGGAGUAUAAGGGCGUGAAGGGAACCACCAUUCCUGCUGAUUCUGCUGCUGGCUCUAACGCUGCCGCUGCUGCUGCUGCUGCUGCUGCUGCUGCUGCUGCCGUGACUGCUGCCACACCCGACGCCACAGCACCAGCUGACUCUAUCCCAGUUAUGCCCGAGACGGCCAAGGCGAAGCGCGCGAGGCUGAGAGCCGCCAGGCGUAGCGGCAGGCGAGCCGCCAUAGAGCAGAUUAACUCCUUCCUGCGAACGCGGCUGCUGGAAACACCUAUUCCCGCGGAGGUGACGCGGGUGCGGGUUGGAGGCGGGAAGGUGCGCGUGUAUGUGGAGGGCGAGUAUCAGGCGGACAUCACUGCUGGGUAUAUGUCCAACCUGUCUCUUUGGAAGGUGAUUAAAGUGAAGAUUCUUGUACGGGGCGCGGAGAACGCGGCAGAGGGGGAUGGGGAGGAGGAAGAGGAAGAAGAGGAGGAUGAAGAGGAGGAGGAUGAAGGGGAGGGAGAGGGCAGAAAAGAGAGGAAGAAGCGGGGCCAACAGCGAUCACAGGGGAGGAAAGGCACGGCGUCAAGGCAGCACGGAGGGGCACGCAGGGUGAAGUGCAUCAAGGGCAUUCCCAUGAGCGAGGUGCAGCAGAUGGCGCUAGCAGAUGAGCUGCAGCGACGCAUGGCAGCAGCAGCCGAGGACCCAAUCACAGCCCUUCACGUGGUGCUCCACCAGGUGUGCUGCGGCGUGGCAGCGGACGAGAUUCUUCUGCAGCUGCACGCGCUCUGUGCCGCCCGCUGGCGCCAUCAUGUCAAGUUCGAGGUCGCCGCCCGGGACGCGGGCGGCGGGAGAGGGGGACCGGGGGGUGUGGGGACGUCUGGGGGACCCAGUGGGAGCAAAGGAUGGGUGGCAGGGGGAGGGGGAACAGGGGGAGUAGCAGGGGCAGGGGGACUUGGGGGAAAGGGCGGGGUGGGGGGAGCGCGGGUCAGUGGUUCAGGAGCAGCAGCAUCGAGUGGGGGGCCAAAGGAGGGGGAACGUUCCGGGGCAGCAGAGGCAGGAGCAGGAGGAGCCGGGGCAGGAGAAGCGGCCGGGGGUGCAGCGGGGUUGCCAGCGGUACCAGAGGCAUCCCCUGCGGUGCUGCACGUGUGGUACUGGCUGGACCCGGGGAAGGGUGAGAGCACAGGGGGCUCGUCUUCAGCUGUGCUGGUGCGGCUGGGUAUUGUCAGCUUUGAAAGCGCGGACGAGCCGCCACCCUGCCUCACUCUCUCCCUCGCCCCACCCCCCACCACCCCUCCUCCUCCUCCCAUCGUCCCUCCUGCCUCUGCUCCAGGCUCUUCUGCUGCUGCCACCGCUGCUGCUGCGGUUGUUCCUGGUCCUCCUCCCUCCUCUCUCUUCUCCCGCCAGCCGUUGCGCACCCAGCUCAUAUGCCAGCACACGCCGCCUGUGGUGGACCCCGAGACGGGCGGCGAGGUUUGUCUCUAUCUGGACCCGAGCAGGAUUGAUGUGGAGAAGCUGGUGCUGUUUGCCGCCCGGUGCUCGGCGCAUGCCAAGCUGGCGCGGUUAAGGCGAGACCUGCUGGCGGCUCCGCUGCUCUGCUCCGGGCCCCAAGACUGGGAGCUCGACAGCUGGCGACGCGCUGGUGCUGCUGCGGCUGCACUGCCUGCACGCCCAGCUCACAGCGGCGGGCAUGGCUCUGGGAUUGGUGGUGAGCAGGGCUUGGCUGGGUGCUGUAGGGCUGUGAUGGGUUCAAGGGAAUUAGCUGGUCUUGUGCUGCUGCGGCUGCACUGCCUGCACGCCCAGCUCACCACAGCGGGCAUGGCUCUGGGUCUCGUGCCGUACGAGGCGGGCCCAGCAGGCAUUCGAUACACAUCAGACGACCCAGCGCACCCCCUCACUCUCCCGCCACCGCCCCGCACACUCCUCUUCACCCUCUCGCACCCUCCCUUCCUCCCCUACCCAACCCCAUCCUCUCCCUCACCACCCCACUGUACUCCUCCUCCCUCCGACUCUCCACCUCCCAACCCCCCCUCAUGGCCGCCCUAUCUGCUCGCCAUUCUCAUACAAGCGGAUUUUUCCCUCUCCUUCCGUCUGCUUCAGCUCACACCCCCGCCACUGCCCCCUCUAGUGCCACACCCUGCUGCUGCUGGGACCAGUACCGCUGCCACUGGAGCUAGUGCUGGUGCUGGUGCUGGUGCAACUGGUGUAGGCGCUACUGCUGCUGCUGGUGCUCCCGGUACCUCUGCUGCAGCAGCAGCUGGGCAGUCACUUGUAGCGUCGCUCGCGCCGCCAGGUGUCACGCGCUGGUUGGCUCUGGAGGUGUGCGCGCUGGUGUUGGCGGCUGGAGAUCCCGAGGUGGUGGCCCUGGCUGGCUCUGGGGAGAGGGAGGGUUUAGAUCGGGGGAAUGGGGGGAGGAGUGGGGGAAAUGUGGAAGGAGGGGGGAAGGAGAUGGUGGGAGGUUGGGAGGAGCUUCUAGAUGUGGCAGAUGACUGGGAGAGUGAUAGUGAGGGGGAUAGUCAGGGGAAUGAUGAGAGGGAUGGCAGGCACGGAGAGGUGGGCAACGAUGGGGAGAUGGACAGAGCGGGGCGAGAUGACGAGGCAGAAGGUGCAGAGCAAGCAGCAGCCGUUGAUCGCAAGCAGGGUGCGAAUCGUGGGGCUGGGACCGUCACUGCCGCUGCAGCGGUUGAAAGCGGUGGUGUUGAUAAAGACACCGCACCCAUCAAGAAGCGCAAACGCCACCACACCAUUCACCACCCAUCCCAACCCCUGCACUGCGCUCUGAUUGGCCGGCCGCUGCAGGAGCUGGUACAGCUGGCAGGGCGCGGCAAGGCCCCUGUGUCCCUCAUCUUCCCCCUCGUGCUGUCCCGAGCCCAGCACCUCGCUGCUGCUGCCGUCAAACACUCCCUCCUCUCCUCCCUCCUCUCCUCUGCUGGUGUCUCCACCGUUCCCUUCCUCUCUGCUGCCUCCUCCUCCCCCUCCUCCUCCUCCUCCUCCUACUCCUCACUCUCCACCUCGUCCCCCUCUCACUUCCCCUGUCUGCCGCCCCUCAUUUCCUCCUCCCUCUCCUCCUUUUCUGCUUCUCCCUCGGAUUCCUCUUAUCCACCAUCCACUGUCCGUCCCUCCUCCCUCGUCUCCCCUCAAACCCUGCUGCGGAUACCGGGCUUUCCCCCUCCUGCAGCAUCAGCUGCACUGCCCCCAGAUACCGCCUCCCCCUGGCAGUCCCUGCUGCUGAGAUCCGAUUCGCCGGCCACUGCCAGCUGGUCCGUGCUGGUGCCAGCUCAGCAUUUUGUCAGCUUGUGGCAGCUUCAGGAGUUUUGUCAGCUGCGGCAGCAGCAGCAGCAGGAACAGGAGUUGGAAAUAGAGCAAGGAGGAAGAUUCCUUAGACUUGCCGAACCUGUGCAUGCACCCGAACUGGCGGGUGAUGCUGCCGAACCUGAUGCUACCAAACCUGGUGUCACGAGCAUGAGCCGAUCCGCCAUUGCCAGCAUGGCGCGUGACCUGGCGUGCGCGUGGCAGGCUUUCCUCUUCAUCCGCCAGCUCAGACGCAUCCUGAUUGGCCGACGCAAGUCAGCAGCGGGAGGGGAAGGGGGAGGAAGGGAAGGGAGGAUUGGGCGAGGGGGGGAGGUGGUGGGAGUGCCAGUGGUGGGGGAUAGGGAGGAGAUGGUGAGGCGGUGGGGGGAGGUGAGGCGGACGGUGAGGGUGGUAGCUGUGGGCCCCACAUCUGUCUCUCUUUCAUACGACGGUGGUAUGCUCAUGCCAGGCUGCCCUUACCUAGAAGAGUGUGUGCGCAUGGACGAUGCAGGGCUGUUGUUAGAUGCCAUUCGCCGCACAGCAGCGCCGACCAGAGCCUGGAAACCGACUCUGUCCUUCCUUUUUCCUUUUUUCCCUGUCUUCCUUUACCCCUUGCAGUACCUAGAGGAGUGUGUGCGCAUGGACAAUGCAGGGCUGCUGCUGGAUGCUGUUCGCCUCACAGCAGCCCAAUCCUUCUCGCUCCUUUCCGCUCAUCCGAAUCCCAUUCUCUAUUUAUUCUUUGUCCCCUCCUUUUCGUCCUCUGUCCGUGGGCAGUACCUAGAGGAGUGUGUGCGAAUGGACGAUGCAGGGCUGCUGCUGGACGCCAUUCGCCUCACAGCAGCUCCGCUGCACGCCCUGCACUCCGCCAUCCGCCCCCUCCGCUCCCUCUCCGUCCCUCCCUCCGCCCUGCCGCCCUCGCACCUACACCACCAUGCACAGCAGCAGCCACACGUGCAGCCAUCGCAUUCUAAUGCUCCUGCACAUGCUGCAGCAGCUGGUGCAGGCGCUACUGCGUCUGCUCCUCCUGCUACUACAGCACCACCACCUGAAGCUUCUGGUUCCGCUGCAGCCUCAGCAAGUGGCCCAGCCGCUGCCACUGCAGCACCCACUGCAGCCCCAGCAGGAGCAUCAUCAGCAGCAGCGGCAGCGGCAACAGCAGCAGCAGCAGCAGCAGGGGCAUCUCGAGGGCUGAUGGUGGGAGCAACACUGUGCUCUCUCCUCCCAGGAGACAUCACAAUCAUCCCGCGCGGCCCCUUCUCCUUCCGCAUCGUCUACCGCCACGACUUUGCCAUCCACAUGCGCUGCUUCGCCCCCGACUUCGUCUGGUUGCAGCCCGCCCCGCCGCCCAAAUCCUACGACCUGCCGCCCGGACUCGUCGCGAUGUUCCCUGAAGGCUCUGCUGCUGUUUUGGCUGCAGCGGAAACUCCCAGUGGUGCUGCUGGGAGCGGGAACAGGGGUGGUGGGAACAGGAGAGGUGGGGCAUUGGGAGCACCCACUCCAGGCAUUGGCUAUCCGAGUGGGUCACCCAGUGGUGGUUCUGCUGGUGUUGCAGCAGCAGCGAGUGGGGUGAUUCGAGGGGAUCUGUCUCUGGGAGGGUCCUUGCCCUGCCCACAGUUCCGCCCGUUCAUUCUGGAGCAGGUCUCUCUGCUGCUCUCACAGCUCUCACAUGCGCCUGACCUGCCCCCCGCUGCUGCUGCUGCUCUUCCUCCUGCUUCCACCGCUCCUGCUGCUGCUGGUCCGGGUGCUGGCAGGCUCGGGAGGACAGGAUCGGGGAUGGAGAGCCUGGGAGCAGGAGGGCAGCAUUCGGCCGGUCCCAGCAGCUCACAUCACCAGCAGCAGCAGCAGCAGCAGCAGCAGCAGCAAAGCAUGCAUCCUCAGAAUCACCAGCAGCAGCAGCAGAGGGUGGAGAUGCUGCGGUGGCAGCACAUGGCAGCAUCCCUCGCCUCCUCAGUGCGAGCAGAGUCCCACACGGCGAUGGUGGGGUUGUCAGACGAUGGCGGGUACGGCGGGGCGUGGGUGCCCGUGGUGCUGCUGAAGCGGGUGCUGCGCAGCAUGCUGCGGUACCUUGGGACCAUCGCGCUCUUCGCUCGCUUCCCCUCCGUGCUGGCGGCUGUGCUGGGCCCGGCCAUGGGGACCAGGGAGGCUGGGCUGCUGUCGCAGGAUCCGGAGCAGCCUGCUUUACGGUUCUUCAUCGGCAAUUAUGUGUACAUGGUGAAUCUGCACCGCCAUCGCCGCCCUACUGCUGGAGACCAGCUGCAACUCAUGCUUCAAGUUGUAAACGCCCGCAUGGCUCCACAGCGCCGCCCGCCCGCCAUGACACCCGACGCUGAUGUGGACAUGAGCCCUGCUGAGCUGGCGGAGAUCAGCGACCUCUUCACGCGCAAGGUGGCGGUGGAGCCCUUCGACGUGUCCCGCCUGUCUUCCUUCGUGACGCUUGUCAUGCUCCCAUUGGCUGUGAUUCGCGAGUUCAUGGGCUUGCUGGCCUUGAGACGGGAGCAGCAGCGACUGCUGGCUGCUGCUGCAGCCGCAGCUGCCGGAACAGGCGGGGCAGCAGCAGGGGAGGCAGUAUCAGGGGGAGGUACUUCUGCAGGUGUAGCUGGGGCAGGUAACAUCCCUGCCCUUCCCCCCGCCGCCCGGAUCGCAGUAGACCUUUGCUUUGAGAAUCGCAUCGGAUUAGGCUGGGAUCUCCCAGAUUCGUUUGGGAGACACAGUGGAGGCUCAUCUGGGGGAGGUGUAUCUGCAGGCCAGGUUCACCCAGGCUCUGCUACAGCCGGGAAUGCAGCUGGCAGUGGUAAAACAGCCGACCGCAGCGAUAUCAGCUACAGCCGGGCAGAAAGCCGAGUGGAUUUCUCUCUUGUCCUGCUCAUGGACCAUGCCGCCCUCUCUGCCGCCCACCUGCCGGUCCAAAUCGCGGGCGGCGCAGGCUGGCUGGCUCACUGCAUCUCGGUCCGCCUCCGCUUGCACUUCUCCGCCGCCCCUGCCAAUGCGGCAGCUGCUGGUGCAGGCGCUGCCUCUGUUGCUCCCGGUGCACGAGGGCCGUUGAUUCUGCAGCUGUCUCUGCUGGCCGUUGAUGGCAGUCACGGCGGGAAAGCGUGUUGGAGUAAGGCAGAGGACUGGGACAGACGGACGGGAAUGGCAGCGAGUGGAUGGGGAAUCGACACCGCUGCCGUUUCUGGCUUGCACGAGAGACAACCGUACUGCGAGGAGAAAGGGGAGCAACCUGGAGCAGCACGCCUGAAGGAGUGGACGAGAAGUGACAAGUGUGCGGGUCUCGUUCCUGCCCGAGACACAGCAGCAACGCUGGUGAAUGCAGCACUGGUGAAUGCAGCAGCGCUGGUGAAUGCAGCAGCUCUGGUGAAUGCGGCAGCACUGGUGAAUGCAGCAGCUCUGGUGAAUGCAGCAGCUCUGGUGAAUGCAGCAGCGCUGGUGAAUGCAGCAGCGCCGGCGAAUGCAGCAGCGCUGGUGAAUGCAGCAGCGCUGACGGACGGGGAGGUUGCGAGUAGACAGGGGUGGCAGCGAGAGGAUGGGGGUGGCAGCGAGAGGAUGGGGGAGGCAGCGAGUGGACGGGUUUGGCAGCGAGUGGACGGGGAUCACUAG